CUGACGGUCACACUGUCGCUGUCAUGACAACCGAAAUAGCGCUCUUUACUACAAAAAAUAACAAUAUUAAUUUAGUAAAUUAAAAUGAGUGGCGAAAAGAACGCUAUAGAAUUGCAAUUGCAGGUGCGUCGCAAUGCGACCGAGUAUCAAAAUUCGGUGAAAGAGCUUUACUCAUGGGAGAAGGACAUCAAAAACCGCGAAGAAGCAAUGAAAAAUGCGCCUGCUCCAACCGUCGAUAAAAAAACGCUGCCAGUGCGCAGCCAUGUGACAAGUGAGCCAACAAAGAAGACCACUUCCCAGCCGACGCAGUCACCGAGCUCAACAGCGAGCACGCCCACAGAGAAGCAGGACUUGCCGCAGGAUGCAUUGGCGCAACAGCACAAAAAGGCUAACGACAUCAAGGAUCGGGGCAAUAACUAUGUAAAGCAAGCGGACUACGAAAGGGCCAUCGAAGCAUACUCUGAGGCUGUAGAGGUUUAUCCAUACGAUGCCAUUUACUUUAUUAACCGGGCACUGUGUCACUUAAAGUUGGAGCGUUAUGGCAACUGUGUGGAUGAUUGCGAAUCGGCCAUUGCAUUGGACAAGACCUGUGUCAAGGCCUAUUAUCGUCGCAUGCAAGCAAACGAAUCGCUCGGCAAUAAUAUGGAAGCUCUUAAAGACUGCACCACUGUGCUUACGCUGGACCCCAAAAAUAUCGAGGCAAAACGUAGCCUGGAACGCAUCAAUGAUCGCUUGCGCAAAAAUGCUACUAAAAAUGGCCCCAACUUCAGUGCCCCAAAUGAUAAUUUAAUUGACAUUUUACCCUUUGAUAAGCCAGCUUAUAAACGCUCUAAGCAAUCAAUGCGGCGGGUGCCAGUUGUGGAUAUUGUAACGCCUCGAGCCAACCAACAACAACCACAGCAAUUGCGCAUCACAGAUGAUGAGAUUGAUAAGAUCUUCAACAGCAAUUGUGGACCGUUUACAGAAGUAAAAAAAGAUCCUGCACAGAAGACGACAGCUAAGCCAGAAAAAAUAGUUGAAAUAGAACAGAAACCACAGCACACCUCAACUAUUCAGUCAAAAGUCAUUGAAAAGAGUACAACAACUUCAGAAAAAGUAGUCAAAACUGUUUCCCAAGAACCUACUAAAUCAAUGGUUGUUGAUAUGCAAACUGGCGAAAAAACUAAUUUGAAAGCAGUCAAGGAAGAAGUAAAUGCGAACAACACUGAAAAGACUAUUAACAAAGCUGAGACUGCAAAGAUGAAAAGUAAACCCGAACCACAAACUAAGCAAUCCUCAUCCACAGCAAUGGAGCGCAUACCAGCUGCUCCAGCUGGCACAGCUCAGUUCUAUGUGACAUGGAAAGAAUUAUCUGCUGUGCAGAAAUAUCAUUACUUAAAGUCCAUUGAGAUACCAAAUUUGUGCAAAAUACUUGGAGCUAGUUUCGAUUCGGAUACAUUUUCAGAUCUGAUGGAAACACUACACGAGUUCUAUGUGCCCAACAAGGAGCCAACAACAGCAGCAGUGUUAUGGGAGAUUUCUAAAAACGACGAGUUUACCAUAUUGGCAAUGCUCAUGUCCAAGGAAGAGAAGAAACUGGUUACAUCGAUAAUGGCUGCCAUAAAGGAGUUCCCCAAAAGCAAUGCAGAAUUAUUGGUGAAGUUGGCCAAAGUCUAUAGCGUAGCCUAAAAAUUGUUUCAAACAAAAUACGUAUUGAAUCUGUUUCAGAUUGUUAGCUCAAACAUUAAAUUGUGUUAAAAAUGUUAAAUGCAAAUAGAUGUGAAAAUAUAUUUACAAAA